UUAGUUAAUUUAUAAUCACUUCUAGCCUUUUGAAAAACCUCAUUAAAUAAUUGUGAAAAUGAUUCGACUAGAUCUCGGCAGAACUCUUUGAAAAAGCUUUCUAAAAAGUCAAAAAGAUAUCGGAUCGAGCCGAGCCCUAAUUACAACCAUUAAAAAGGGUGCUCUGAGCAGAUUCUCAAAUCACCCAAAUAGUAGAUGUAGAAGAGGCUCCUCAUAUUAUAACAAGUUAAAAUUUCAUUCUAAAAUCGGAAGCCUUUCAGAAUAUAACAGACAUAACCCUAUCUUUAUUAACAAAUAUAUUCCCCCAAUUAACACGUUUUAAUGGGAGUCAUCUUUUAAAUAUUUUCAAGUCCUCCUCUGAACAAAUUAAUGGACAUGUAGCCGUCCAAAUUGAAAAACGUUCGGACAACAUGACUUCUAUUGAAAUUGGAGAGAUUGACGACUCCGAACCAACAAAAAUAAUUGACGAAAAUUCUCAACAUUUAUUUGGUGUUGGCACUCCUCCAAGCAGUAGAUGCGAGGAGAAGUUGAAAAAUGGGCAUCAUUCUGUUAAAAAUGGAGGAGGGAAAAUUACUAAUGGAGUAGCUGGGAAAGGAGGAAGAGGAGUUGAACAUGUCGAAAAUUCUAAGCAUGUAAUAGCUGAUGGGCCUGUUUAUUCAACUGAUUCUUCUGUUAAACCGCCUCAUCCAAUUGCCGCCCCUAGAACUACUCCUAGACCCGAACGGCGGUACUCACCCCCUCAACCAUUAGAAAUUUAUCAUCCUUCCCAACUACAACAGGCAAUUUUUUUAAAGUUUGAAAGAAUGGGGUAUGAUCCAAGCCCGCUUUCUCUCCAAUCAGACUCUACUCAAUCAAGAACUAGUCUUUACAAAAGUCGAGAUUCCGAAAAGAGUAUUUUUGCUUUAAAUGCAAAAGAAGCCCGCCAAUUAAUUUGUUAUAGAAAAAAAGAUCCUCGUUUGGCUGAACAAAUGUCUUUGGAAGAAAAACAUCGACUAAUAAUGGAGCUUUGA